CUUUAUCCUUCUCUUCGGCGUUGCUUCUCCACCGUGACGCGUUCACUGAGCUUGCAGUCACAAGAAUUGAGUCAUAGACGACAGAUAAAAAAUUUUAAAUCGCAAAGACAAACAGGAUAACAAAUAUUACUAGAUAUUUGUCAUAAAAUAAGUCAGUGAAAGUUAGUGAGUGAGGUAAGUCAAGUGUUAGGGUGAAUUGACGCAAAAUAGAGCAUAUUGAGGAUACAAACAAAGAGGUGUGAUCAAUGAGACGAGCGGUCGUCAACUCGUUUAGCCAGUAUGUAAUAUGAUAAGAAAGAAAACGUCGGGCCCGAGUGUCCGGGUUGGAUUUUUGAGAGAUGUUUAACUGGCUGGCGCAAUUGGGAGGCACUCGGCUGAUAUAUUUUAUUUUUGGAUCAUGGCUUCUCCUGGGACACCAGGUCCAAGGGGUCCCGGACCCCCCGGAGAUCACCACUCUAAUAGAUACUAAUCGAGGAACAAAAAAGUUUGGAGAUGGCUGCCAAGAGGACUGGGAGUGUGGAUUCGACGGUUCUUUUUGUGAUCCAAGAGUUAAGAGAUGUUAUUGUAGAGAGGAAUUCCAUGCUACAAAUCAUAUCGAUAAGUGUGGUCAUCUUGCCAACGUGAACGAGUCAUGUUUCUUCACGGAACAAUGUGAGUUAAAGGUAUCCCAAACCGAAUGUCGAGAUGGUCGGUGUAUUUGUAAGUUUGAAAAAAUUCCUGUCAUGCAGCCAGGAGGAGUUAUCGAAUGCCUGGCUGAAGUUAAAGAAGAGGAGAGCUUACGCUAUGUCGAUCCAGCAAUGAUUGGUAUUCUAGUAGCGAUGGCACUCAUGUUCAUCAUUAUUUGCGUCGUACUCCGAUUGUUUAGCAAGGCACGUUGGCGUGAAAACCGCACAAUCUUCAACACUCCGAAUGCUCGGCUGAUGAAUGUCUCAUUGCUACGUGACAACAACAAGCUUCUGCAUGCUCAGGAGAGACGUGGGUCGAGAGCUAGUCAACGGGGACCCUCAAGGCAACCCUCCAUGGCAUCGCUAAGAGCCCACUCACCAAAUGGUUCGCAGCAAGGUGCGAAAAGUACUCAGCGAGUCAACAGGUCUCGUGCAGGAUCACGGCGUGGCAGUCGUGGGAGCAGUGGAAAUGCCUCGACAAUAUCAGCCUCAGGCCGUUUAAUUAAAUCACCACCAAACGCCGGCAGCAACAUCACUAAUCCAGUGCUGGAGAACGUCACUGUGGAGAUCACGGAAGCUAAGGCGUAGGCUCUUACUCAUCUUUACGACUCAUCUAAUCUUUAAAUGCUCAUCUUAUUAUCUAAUUAACCCAACGUCAACGAUCAAUGAAUGAGCUCAGAUUAAUUAUGUCGUCAGUAAAUUAACUAACUAAUGCGCUAAUUUGCAUCCUCUUAUUUCAGUCUUAAUCUUCUUUUUAUCAGUAUUUGCCUAAUUUUUGGCUCACUCGAAAACCAAAAACAAACCAUGAUUAAUAGAAUAAUUAAAUAUUGAAAUACUUAAUAAUUAGCUAUUACAAUAAACUAGAGUUUAUUAAUUAUUUUUAAUAUUAACAGUAAAAUCAUCAAUUGUUAAUAUUAGUUAUAAUUAAUAAAAUAUAUAAUAUGAUGAAUGUACUUAAAAAUAUACAUAUAUAUUCGAGAGAAAAGUUUUUUUGUGCCACUUUUUCGUGAACAAAGUAUUAGAAAUUAAAUAAAAAUUUAGGAUUCGUAAUGUCACGUGUGAAAACGAUUUUCAUAAACGAAUGACAAUAUAGAAUCUAGAUAAUUUAAAUUAUGCAGUGCAUACCAUUAUUUGGAGGAUUGUUAUGAAGUUUAUUGAAACACACGAAUGAGGGGACCACACGAAACAGUUCGAAUCAACAUCAUGCCUGGAUUAGAGAAAUUAAUAUUAUUAUUCUUAAUACUGCAUAAUUAUCUAAUAAUUAUCUAGGUAAAUUAAAAGUAUUAAAAAAUAUCUUCAAUACGAAUACAAAAAACUAUAUAUAUUAUAUAUAAACUGACACCUUUUUAUCACUUAAAUCACGAGAUAAAACAAGAUAGUUUCAACUAAAGUGUUUUAUAAUUGAAUUAUAAAACAAUGUUGUAAUUAAAAAAAGAUAAGAAUGAUCAUUUAACGAAUAUGUUAAUGCUAAAAAAAAGAGAGAGAAUAAUAGUUUAAUCAAUAAAAAAGAUAAGACACGAAAUUUAGAAAGUUAGCCAAGAAAAUGUAGAAAAAAAUUUGGAUCUUUAUACACUUUAGGAUGAAUUAUUUAUGAUGAUAUUAUAAAAGUCUAGAUAAAAAUUUAUAUAUGCACAUAAGGUCACAGUAAUCCUCAAUCACUUUACACUCAAAAAUUUAUAUUAGAUUCCCUUUUUUCUAUGAACUAUAUACCUGAUCUAUGGAGUUAGCUAUUAAAUAAAAUAUUUAAAUAGCUCCUUAGUGAUCAAGUUGGUCCAACAUAUACCGAUCAUUUGAAAAAUACUUAUGACGGAAUAAUAAAAAAAAAUGGUAAUACUCCAUUCGUAAUAAUAAUAACCAUAGAUAAGAGAUUACAUCUCUGCAAUCUUUUGCAAUUUAGUGCCUACGCUGUCGCGCA